AUGGACUCUCAGCAAGGUCUUGUAUUUGUGAACAUAUCCCACCCAGACGAGACGCGAGAGAAGCGCACUCAACGUGUUAUUCGGCAGCGAGUCAUGCGUGAAAUCGGCAAGUCCAGACAAAAACGCCGAGAUGCACCUGCAGUGACUUUUACCUGGCAGCCAAUCUGCGACCCGUAUUUGACUCCGCCUAUUUCGCCCUCACUGAGCUCAUAUUCACUGCCGGUGGAGUCCACGCCAAGGGUUUUGGAACUACUUAGUUUCAUGAAUGCUGAGGCAGAAUACAAAUACCGGCCAUUUCGGAAGAUUUGGUUUUCUAUGGCCCUGAGCGAUCACAGUGCGUUCACUCUGUGUAUGGCAAACGCAGCGAUGUUCUGGGAUGAGGCUCGAUGUCCAGAGAGCUUUCAGUAUGUAAAAUCCGAGGAGGCACUGAAGUACUACGGCCAUGAAGGAGUCAUUACCACCAUUCUUGGCUUGAUUUGUCAUGAUCUAUAUGUAGGAACCUUGGAUCGUUGGACGUACCACAUUCACGGCCUGGCCCGAAUUUCACGCAUCAGAGGCGGCUUUAAAGACUUGAGCUAUGAGCUCCAACUAUUUACUUGUUGGUUUGACGUGCUCGGAUCUGCCGCUAAAGACAGUCUACCCCUAUUGCCCGAAUAUCCGUUAUCUUCUAAGACAGGGCAACAGGGGUCUAUAGACCUACCCAACCGGCUACCUCAACCUCUACUCAAGGAGCUAAUGGGAAAUUCCAUGGAUUUGGACAGUCUGACAGCUGCAUUUGAGCAAACUGCAAUCGUGUCAAAGUUUGUCAAUUCUCGCUCCCACGAUUCGGGAUUUUGGAAACUGGAGGACGACAUAGGCCCUCUCCAGAUGCUCGGGUCAACAACCCACAAGCUUCUUUCAGUGCCACGGUGGGACUCUCAGAUUGUCAACCCGCUUUCUUUGGUCCAAGAAAUGACACGACUUGCGUUGCUCAUACUACUGGCCAAUCUAAAAUUACAUUACGGAAUGAGCGCCUCUGAGAUGGGCUUAUUACAAUGCAAAUUUUUCAGCCUACUUCAAUGCCAAGCCCUUGAUCAUCACUUGCUUUCAUUUCCUACUCUUCGGCUGUGGGCUCUUGUGACUGCAGGCAUACGUUUGGAACCAGGACCAAGCAAGAAACUCGCUGUCCAGAGAAUUGCUUCACAAAUGAAGGCGAUGCGGAUCUCUAAUGGGAGCAUUGCAAUUGAAAUGAUGCACGAUCUCAUUUGGAUCAACGUUCUGAGCUCAGAGAAGGAUACUGAAAUGUUCAUCUCCGCUAUUGACAAAGAAUGUCUCAAAUAA